AUGUCAGCAUCGGAAGGUGGGAAAGACAGCACCCCAGAGCCCAGUCCAGCCAAUGGGACAGGCCCUGGCCCUGAAUGGGGACUAUGCCCCGGGCCUCCGGCAUCAGCAGGUGAGACCAGUGGAGCAUCGGACCUGGGUACACCUCGGCGAAGGACUCAGAACAAUAAGCACAAGACAGUGGCAGUGACAAGCACCCAGCGGUCACCCCGGGCUCUCUUCUGCCUCACCCUGGCCAACCCCCUGAGGCGCUCCUGCAUCAGCAUCGUAGAGUGGAAGCCUUUUGACAUCCUCAUCCUUCUGACCAUCUUUGCCAACUGCGUGGCCCUGGGGGUCUACAUCCCUUUUCCGGAGGAUGACUCCAACACCGCCAAUCACAACCUGGAGCAGGUAGAGUAUGUAUUCCUGGUGAUUUUCACCCUGGAAACAGUGCUCAAGAUCGUGGCCUACGGACUGGUGCUUCACCCCAGCGCCUAUAUCCGCAAUGGUUGGAACCUCCUGGACUUCAUCAUCGUCGUGGUUGGGCUUUUCAGCGUGCUGCUGGAGCAGGGCCCAGGCAGGCCUGGGGACAUCCCACAUACUGGGGGGAAGCCUGGAGGCUUCGAUGUCAAGGCAUUGCGGGCAUUUCGAGUGCUGAGGCCACUGAGGCUGGUGUCUGGGGUGCCGAGCCUGCACAUUGUGCUCAAUUCCAUCAUGAAGGCGCUGGUGCCGCUGUUGCACAUCGCGCUGCUCGUACUCUUCGUCAUCAUCAUCUACGCUAUCAUUGGACUCGAACUGUUCCUCGGACGCAUGCACAAGACUUGCUACUUCUUGGGCUCUGAUGUGGAGGCAGAUGAGGAUCCAUCACCCUGUGCUUCUUUGGGCUCCGGGCGUGCUUGCAUGCUGAACCAAACUGAGUGUCGUGGGCGCUGGGCUGGGCCCAACGGAGGCAUCACCAACUUCGACAACUUCUUCUUCGCUAUGCUGACGGUCUUCCAGUGCGUUACUAUGGAAGGCUGGACAGAUGUGCUAUACUGGAUGCAGGAUGCUAUGGGCUACGAACUGCCCUGGCUGUAUUUCGUGAGUCUUGUCAUCUUUGGGUCCUUCUUCGUCCUCAACCUUGUCCUUGGUGUCCUGAGUGGGGAGUUCUCCAAGGAGAGGGAGAAGGCCAAAGCACGAGGAGACUUCCAGAAGCUGCGAGAAAAGCAGCAGUUGGAGGAAGACCUGAGGGGCUACCUAGACUGGAUCACCCAGGCGGAGGAACUGGACAGCGAGGACCCCUUGGGAUCUUUGGCUGAAGAAGGAACACAGCUGGCAGAACUCACCAACAGGAGACGUGGCCGCCUGCACUGGCUUAGUCACUCUACCCGCUCCACGCGCUCUACCAGCAGCCAUGCCAGCCUCCCUGCCAGCCAUGCUGGGUCCAUGGCAGAGACCCCAGGCGAUGAGGAAGAGGAGGAGGGGACACUGGCCGGGUGUACACGCUGCCUAAACAAGAUCAUGAAAACCAGGAUCUGCCGGCGCAUCCACCGUGCCAACCGAGGCCUCCGCGGGCGCUGCCGGCGAGCUGUGAAGUCCACCGCCUGCUACUGGGCUGUACUCCUUCUCGUCUUCCUCAACACACUCACCAUAGCCUCCGAGCACCAUGGGCAGCCCAUAUGGCUCACCCAGAUUCAGGAGUAUGCCAACAAAGUCCUGCUCUGUCUGUUCACGGUGGAGAUGCUCCUGAAGCUGUACGGCCUGGGCCCUUCUGCCUAUGUCUCCUCCUUCUUCAACCGCUUCGACUGUUUCGUGGUCUGUGGGGGUAUCCUGGAGACCACCCUGGUGGAAGUGGGGGCCAUGCAGCCCCUGGGCAUCUCAGUGCUCCGUUGUGUGCGGCUGCUCAGAAUCUUCAAGGUCACCAGACACUGGGCCUCGCUGAGUAACUUGGUGGCAUCCUUGCUCAACUCAAUGAAGUCCAUUGCCUCCUUGCUGCUGCUCCUCUUCCUCUUCAUCAUCAUCUUCUCCCUGCUCGGCAUGCAGCUGUUUGGGGGCAAGUUCAACUUUGACCAGACGCACACCAAGCGAAGCACCUUCGAUACUUUCCCCCAGGCCCUCCUCACCGUCUUUCAGAUCCUCACAGGCGAGGACUGGAAUGUGGUCAUGUAUGACGGCAUCAUGGCCUAUGGCGGCCCCUUCUUCCCUGGGAUGCUAGUGUGCGUCUAUUUCAUCAUCCUUUUCAUCUGUGGCAACUACAUCCUGCUGAACGUAUUUCUUGCCAUUGCUGUGGAUAACCUGGCCAGUGGCGAUGCGGGCACUGCCAAGAACAAGGGCAGGAAGCAGAGCACCGAGGAGAAAGGCCCAGAAGAGAAUGGAGUGCUGGUGCCCAGUGAGGAGAAAGAGGACGAAGAGGGGACAAAGAAUGAAGGAACAGGCACAGAGGAAGAGGAGGAGGAGGAAGAGGAAGAAGAGGAAGAGGAGGAAGAGGGUGCAGGGCACGUGGAACUCCUGCAGGAAGUUGUGCCAAAGGAGAAGGUGGUCCCUAUCCCAGAGGGCAGUGCCUUCUUUUGCCUCAGCCAGACCAAUCCACUAAGGAAGGCCUGCCAUACCCUCAUCCACCACCAUGUCUUCACCAACCUCAUCCUGGUGUUCAUCAUCCUCAGCAGCGUGUCCCUGGCCGCCGAGGACCCCAUCAGGGCGCACUCCUUCCGAAACCAUAUUCUGGGAUACUUCGAUUAUGCCUUCACCUCCAUUUUCACUGUGGAGAUUCUGCUAAAGAUGACAGUGUUUGGGGCAUUCCUGCACAAAGGCUCUUUCUGCCGCAGCUGGUUCAACUUGUUGGAUCUGCUAGUGGUCAGCGUGUCGCUCAUCUCCUUUGGCAUCCAUUCCAGUGCCAUAUCAGUAGUGAAAAUACUCCGGGUGCUCCGAGUCCUUCGGCCCCUCCGAGCCAUCAACAGAGCCAAAGGACUCAAGCACGUGGUGCAAUGCGUGUUCGUGGCCAUCCGGACCAUCGGGAAUAUCAUGAUCGUGACCACCCUCCUGCAGUUCAUGUUUGCCUGCAUUGGCGUGCAGCUCUUCAAGGGGAAGUUCUACAGCUGCACUGACGAGGCCAAGCACACCCCCCAGGAAUGCAAGGGCUCCUUCCUGGUCUACCCUGAUGGAGAUGUGUCUAGGCCUUUGGUCCGGGAGAGGCUCUGGGUCAACAGUGAUUUCAACUUUGACAAUGUCCUUUCCGCCAUGAUGGCUCUGUUCACAGUCUCCACCUUUGAAGGCUGGCCUGCGCUGCUAUACAAAGCCAUUGAUGCCCAUGCAGAGGACAAGGGUCCCAUCUACAAUUACCACGUGGAGAUCUCCAUCUUCUUCAUCGUCUACAUCAUCAUCAUCGCCUUUUUCAUGAUGAACAUCUUUGUGGGCUUCGUCAUCAUCACUUUCCGUGCCCAGGGCGAGCAAGAGUACCAAAACUGUGAGCUGGACAAAAACCAGCGCCAGUGUGUGGAGUAUGCCCUCAAGGCCCAGCCUCUGCGCCGUUACAUCCCCAAGAACCCACAUCAGUACCGUGUGUGGGCAGCUGUCAACUCUGCCGCCUUUGAGUACCUCAUGUUCCUGCUCAUCCUGCUCAACACAGUGGCUCUAGCCAUGCAGCACUAUGAGCAGACGGUGCCCUUCAACUACGCCAUGGACAUCCUCAACAUGGUCUUCACUGGCCUCUUCACUGUGGAGAUGGUGCUUAAAAUCAUCGCCUUCAAACCCAAGCAUUACUUUGCCGAUGCCUGGAACACAUUCGAUGCGCUUAUCGUGGUGGGCAGCGUGGUGGACAUUGCCGUCACUGAAGUCAAUAAUGGUGGCCACCUUGGUGAGAGCUCUGAGGACAGUUCCCGAAUUUCCAUCACCUUCUUCCGCCUCUUCCGAGUCAUGCGACUUGUCAAGCUUCUCAGCAAGGGUGAAGGAAUUCGCACAUUGCUCUGGACAUUCAUCAAGUCCUUCCAGGCCCUGCCCUAUGUGGCUCUUCUCAUUGCAAUGAUAUUCUUCAUUUAUGCAGUCAUUGGGAUGCAGAUGUUUGGCAAGGUGGCUCUUCAGGAUGGCACGCAGAUCAACCGAAACAACAACUUCCAGACUUUUCCACAGGCUGUGCUGCUUCUGUUCAGGUGUGCCACUGGAGAGGCAUGGCAGGAGAUCAUGCUUGCCAGCCUCCCUGGAAAUCGGUGUGACCCCGAGUCUGAUGUCAACCCUGGAGAAGAGUUCACCUGUGGCAGCAAUUUUGCUAUUGCCUAUUUUAUCAGUUUCUUCAUGCUGUGUGCUUUCCUGAUCAUAAAUCUGUUUGUGGCUGUGAUCAUGGACAACUUUGAUUAUCUAACCAGAGACUGGUCGAUCUUGGGGCCCCACCACCUCGAUGAAUUCAAGAGGAUCUGGUCUGAAUAUGAUCCUGGGGCCAAAGGCCGUAUCAAACACCUGGAUGUGGUUGCACUACUGAGACGCAUCCAGCCUCCCCUGGGAUUCGGAAAGCUGUGCCCACACCGAGUGGCUUGCAAGAGGCUCGUGGCCAUGAACAUGCCCCUCAACUCAGAUGGCACGGUGACCUUCAAUGCCACACUUUUUGCCCUGGUUCGGACAUCCCUAAAGAUCAAGACUGAGGGGAACCUGGAGCAAGCCAAUCAGGAACUGAGGAUCGUCAUCAAAAAAAUCUGGAAGCGGAUGAAGCCCAAACUGCUGGAUGAAGUCAUCCCCCCCGCGGACGAGGAAGAGGUCACGGUGGGCAAAUUCUAUGCCACGUUUCUGAUCCAGGACUACUUCUGCAAAUUCCGCCGAAGGAAAGAAAAGGGGCUACUAGGGACCGAGCCCCCACCAAGUACCUCCUCUGCCCUUCAGGCUGGUCUGAGAAGCCUGCAGGACUUGGGCCCUGAGAUGCGGCAGGCCCUCACCUGUGACACAGAUGAGGAAGAGCAGGUGGAGCAGGAGGAAGACCAGGAGGAAGAGGAGGACCUAGAGAAGCAAAAAGUCCCAGUGAGUCCCAUGCCCCCAUCUCGCCGGAACUCCGCAACUUCUGUGUCUCUGCCUGCUGGUGACAGACUUCCAGAUUCACCUUCCCUUGGACCCAGUGAUGAUGAUGUGGGGGGGGCCAGAUCUAAACAGUCCAGUAAACUGCAGGCUGGAUUCCAUGUCCACAGGAGAAGCUCUGGGGCUGUCAUCUUCACCAUUCCGGAAGAAGGCAGUGCUCAGCCCAAAGGCACAAAAGGAGAGGACAAACAGGAUAAGGAAGAGGAAGUCCCCAACCACUAUUCUGGCCUUGACAUGCUCGCCUACCAAGAGGAGCAGAUAGAAGCUGCCCAGCGCCCCAUCUUUCUGCCACCUCAGAGGCCACAGAGCUAUGUAGAUGGGGCACCACGCCGCCGUCUGCUGCCCCCCACGCCUUUGGGUCGGAAGCCCUCUUUCACCAUACAGUGUCUGCGGCGACAGGACAGCUGUGAAGACCUGCCCAUCCCGGGCACCUAUCAUCGCGGACGGAACUCAGGGCCCAGCAGGGUACAGGGCUCCUGGGCUACUCCUCCCCAGCGAGGCCGGCUCCUGUACGCCCCGCUGUUGUUGGUGGAUGAAGCCGCGGCGGGGAAGGGCUACCUCGGCAAACCCAGUGGUCCACUCCAUACCUUCACCUGCCUGCAUGUGCCCAGCACCCACUCGGACCCCAACCAGGGCAAGAGGGGCAGCGCUGAUAGCCUGGUGGAGGCUGUGCUCAUCUCUGAGGGGCUGAGCCUCUUUGCCCGAGACCCACGCUUCGUGGCUCUAGCCAAGCAGGAGAUCGCUGAAGCCUGCCGCCUGACACUGGAUGAGAUGGACAGCGCUGCCAGCAACCUGCUGGCACAGGGGACCAGCGCACUCUACAGUGAUGAGGAGUCUGUCCUCUCUCGCUUGGAGGAGGAGGACCUAAGAGAUGAGAUGGCCUGUGUCCAUGCCCUCUGAGUCCCCAGCCCUAACCCCGUAGGGGCUCUCAGAAACCUCCUGCCCAAAUCCCAGGAGGCUGCAAAGUGGUGAGAGCAAUAGACUUGCAAGCAGAAGGUCCCAGAUUCCAUGCCAGGCACUACAAAUUCCAUGCCAGAAUGAUGAUGCUGUUACUGUGUGUGUGUGUGUGUGUGUGUGUGUGUGUGUGUGUGUUUCAUAAAUAAAUAAAUGUUUGACCCAGGAGGUGGUGCAGUGGAUUAAAGCACUGGACUCUCAAGCAUAAAGUCCUGAGUUUGAUCCCUGGCAUCACAUCUACCAGAGUGAUGCUCUCUGUCUCUCCCUCUCCCUCUCAUAAAUAAAUAAAUCUUUAAAAAUAAAACUUCCUGGUCAGGAGAUAGCUGACUCAGUAGAAUGCAUGCCCAACUAUGCACUAGGACCAUGGUAUGAGCCCCCACCACCACAUGGAAUCAC